AAGAUCGUAUUGGAGAAAAAACUAAAAUCCUAUGAUGAAAUCACUUGUAAAACCUCCAAUUGAAUUCAAAGGAAAAUAAGAUUGUUUUGGCAAUUCCUUUGUGCAAUAGCGAAAUUGAUGUAUGGAAGGAUUGAUGGCACGUGGUUGGCUGAAGAAGAAGAAGAAAGUCUGCUUAAAAAAACCAGAAUUCUGUGAAAGGAUUCAAAUUACCAUGGCAUAUUGUAACCCAAAGAAACAAGUUUCUCUUUUCCUUGUGUCAGAAAGACAGCCCACACUCUUCACCACUCCUGCUCCUGGCUCUUUAAAUAUACAUACACGAUAACGAUAAAAGAAAGAAACUCGAACCAGAAGUCAAAAAAGAAGCAUUAGUUGGUAUAUCGUACAAUCUCUGCUUCUGAUUUUGCGGUAAUGAGAGAUGAAGAGUGGAUUAUGGUGCGCAGACCCACAGUGGCCGAUCUCUGGAACCCAUGCUUCUCGGAUUCAACUUCAAGGCCACUGAAAGUCAUCUUCAACGAACCCGCCAAGUACUGGACCGACGCCCUCCCCGUUGGGAAUGGUCGUCUUGGUGCCAUGAUUUGGGGUGGCGUCGCUUCCGAACUUAUCCAGCUCAACGAGGACACACUUUGGACUGGGGUUCCUGGAGACUAUACAAACCCCAAUGCUCCAUAUGCUCUCUCAGAGAUUAGAAAGCUUGUUGAUAGUGGUGAAUUUGCUGAAGCUACUGCAGCAGCAGCCAAGUUGGUUGGAAAUCCUGCAGAUGUUUAUCAACUACUUGGUGAUAUCAAGCUGGAAUUUGAUGAUUCUCAUCUGAGUUAUGAUAAAGAAACGUAUCAAAGAGAGCUGGACUUGGAUAAUGCAACUGUGCAAAUAAAAUAUACUGUGGAUGGGGUAGAAUUUUCCAGAGAGCAUUUUGCCUCUAAUCCCGACCAAGUAAUGGUAACGAAGAUUUCUGGGACCAAGCCUGGGUCUGUAUCCUUUACUGUAUAUCUGGACAGCAAGUUAGAUCACCAUUGUAAAACGAACGGUGAAAGCCAGGUUAUACUGGAAGGACAUUGCCCAGAAAAGCGAAUCCCACCACAAGUGUAUGCAGAUGACAAGCCAAAGGGUAUCCAGUUUUCUGCUGUUCUUGAUUUAAAGAUUAGCAAGGGGAAUGGCAUUGUCCAUAUUCUAGAUGACAGCAAGUUAAGGGUUGAAGGUUCUGAUUGGGCUAUUUUGUUUCUGGUGGCAUCAUCUUCGUUUGAUGGGCCAUUCACCAAGCCAUCAGAUUCUAAGAAGGAUCCUACUUCAGAUUCUCUCAAUGUCCUGAAGUCGAUUAGUAAUCUGUCAUAUGUUGAUCUUUAUGCUCAUCAUUUGGAUGACUACCAGAAUCUGUUCCGCCGUGUCUCACUGCAGUUUUCAAAAAGUUCAAGAUCUGUUGUGUGCCUCAAGAAAAAUCAAGACGGUAGAGUUCCAACAACGGCUGAGAGAAUAAAAUCUUUUCAAAUGGAUGAGGAUCCAUAUCUUGUCGAGCUUCUGUUCCAGUUUGGCCGGUAUUUACUUAUUUCUUCUUCACGGCCUGGAACUCAGGUGGCAAACUUGCAAGGAAUAUGGAACAAAGAUCUUGAGCCAAAAUGGGACUCUGCUCCUCAUUUGAACAUCAAUCUUGAAAUGAAUUAUUGGCCUUCCUUGCCAUGCAACCUUAGUGAAUGCCAGGAGCCCUUAUUUGAUUUCCUCAGUUCCCUAUCAGUCAAUGGUCGUAAAACUGCAGAAGUCAACUAUGAAACAAGCGGUUGGGUUGUACAUCAUAAAUCUGACAUAUGGGCAAAAUCAUCAGCAGAUGCUGGUGAUGUUGAUUGGGCAUUAUGGCCCAUGGGUGGAGCUUGGCUUUGUGUUCAUCUGUGGGAGCACUACACAUACACCAUGGACAUUGAUUUUCUUAAAGACAAGGCAUACCCUUUGUUGAAAGGGUGCGGGAUAUUUCUGUUAGAUUGGUUGAUCGAAGGGAAAGGAGGUUAUCUUGAAACUAACCCAUCAACAUCUCCUGAACAUGACUUUAUCGCUCCAGAUGGUAACCGUGCUAGUGUGAGCUAUUCAUCAACAAUGGACAUGGCAAUCAUAAAAGAAGUCUUCUCUGUGAUUGUUUCAGCUGCUGAGGUUUUGGAUAAAAAUGAGGAUGAUUUAGUAAAAAGAGUGCGUAAGGCUCAAUCGAGGCUUUACCCAACCAAAGUUGCUAAAGAUGGUUCCAUCAUGGAAUGGGCACAAGAUUUUCAGGACCCUGAUGUGCAUCACCGACAUCUUUCACACUUGUUUGGGCUUUUUCCUGGACACACAAUGACAAUUGAAAGCAUGCCAGACCUUUGCAAAGCUGCAGAGAAUACACUUCAUAAACGAGGAGAGGAAGGACCAGGAUGGUCCACCAUGUGGAAAGCUGCUUUGUGGGCACGUCUUCAUGACAGUGAGCACUCAUAUCGGAUGGUGAAACAUUUAAUAUACUUUGUGGAUCCAGAACAUGAGAAAGCUUUCAAAGGUGGAAUAUACAGUAACUUAUUUGCAGCACACCCUCCUUUCCAGAUAGAUGCCAACUUUGGUUUUACUGCAGCAGUUGCAGAAAUGCUAGUUCAAAGUACCUUGGAAGACCUAUACUUGCUUCCUGCUCUUCCCCGGGAUAAAUGGGGAAAUGGGUGUGUGGAAGGAUUGGUGGCACGUGGAGGAGUGACAGUCAACAUUUGCUGGAAAGAAGGAAAUCUCCACCGACUAGGUCUUUGGUUGAAAAACCGGAAAUCUUGGAGAAGAUUCAGAUUACACUACAGAGAAACUAUGGUAUCUGUAAACCUAUCAUGUGAAACAAUGUACACAUACAAUGGACGGUUAGACUGUGUGAAUACUUACUCUUUACUGUAAUAAAAAGAUGGAAUAUGGAUCCUUUUGGUGUUUAUGUUCAAUAAAAUUGAGGAACUUUGGCUCCUCCUUUCUGCUUCA